GCUGAAGCUGCUGCAUUAGCAGAUGACUAUGUUUUGACACACGUUGGUGGAGGUGCUGCCGUACAAGGCAGACAGUGGAAAUUCCUCCGGUAUGGGAGCGUGGUCUGGUCGUCCAUUGAGAUCUGCUGGGCAAGAGAGAGGGCAUGUACGUGGUGCACGAGAAAAGACUGCUAUGCAUUUAGGGCUAAAGCUGAGCAGGAAGGGACUAGUGGUAGUCCCAGGCCAGCAAUGUUCGUGGCACCUGUCGCUGAGCAGGUGACUGGGCGUUUAGACAGUGAGUUGAAACCACAGGGGUCUAGCUCAGAACUGCAGUCUUAUUUGCCUUUCAUGACUGAGGGUUUUGUGUCUCUGGUGGGGAGAGAUGAGAAGGUGCGGGUGAAGAUAUUACGCGACACCGGAUCAUUUGAUUCGUUCAUUUUAGCAUCUGCCUUACCGUUUUCAGAGGACACAUACAUGGGGUUGUUCAUUCCGAUACUUGGAAUGGGAUUAAAUGUUCUUCGGGUACCUCUCCAUAAGAUGAUGCUGUUUUCGGAUCUGUUUCAGGGUGAAGUAGCGGUUGGCGUGCGGCCAGCUCUGCCCAUAAAUGGGGUCACGAUGAUCCUGGGUAAUGACAUUGCGGGUAGUCGGGUGUGGGCUGAUGGGGCACCUCCUGCUUUCGUGGCGCCAGUGCCCCUGGUUAGUAUUAAGCCGGACAAGAGCGAAACGGAGUAUCCUGACGGGUUUACAGCAUGCGCUGUGACACGGGCAAUGAAACAUGGGCAGGCGGAGGACAUGAGCUCAGCUGACAUCGAAGAGGCCUCACCGCAGCAUGGGGUGACGUGUCUGAUGGAGAGUGUUCUGCCUGGUGGGGAGGUGAGAAAUCAUGCUCGGGGGUAUUCGCUUCAGAAGAAUAUUCAAAUGGGAAACUGGAUACCUCAGUGGGAGCAUUUUGCUGGUGAACCUCUUUACCAGGUUGGGGGGCAUUCCAGGCUCCGUGGCAUGGCGAAAAAGAGGAAAAAAAACAAACACAUGUAACACGCUAAUCAGCUGAACUAUUCAGUGUUGGGGAAAACAGUGACUGAUUGGUAGUUUUUU